GGCAAUGUUAAGCAAGAGGAAGACCGUGAAAACAUGAUUACUUUCUCAAGCUGGGGCACUCCGGCUGUUCGGGACAAGGCUGCUGCCCAAGUCCGCCGGAUCAUCAUCAAAGGCCUUCCUCCAUCCUGGGGUGCUCCCGACAAGGUUUUGUCGUUGAUUCAUGGAGGUUUGAUCGAAAAUGUUUCCAUUACUCCCUCUGGAAAUGCACACGUGCUUUUCUGUGAGCAUUCUGCUUGUAAGGCGUUUUAUGACAAGUAUCCCAACGGCAUCGUUCUAGACAAGGAGAGAAAGCUCUCUGUAUUCGUGGAUAUGGGCACCCAGGUUGAUGUUGUGAGCUCAAACCUUAGUUUCAAUCUUUCUGUCGGUUCGACGCGUGUUGUGCGUGCAGUGGGUGUGGAUAUGGAAAUAACCAUGACGAAUCUCUUCGAAAUUGCCAGCGCCAACAACCGCAGGGUCGAAAAGAUAGUAGAUACGUUUGUUCCUGGUUGUGUAAGUGCAGGUCCUUUGGCUCUUGACCGGAUCUCUUACGAUACUAAUAUAUGCUCCAGCCUCGUAUCGUCAACUUUCGUUUCUGCAGCAUCGACGAUGCAGUCCGUUUCCGUGCGGCUCUUGUUCGUAGUGAAGAAUGGGAACAUUGCAAUGUUCAGUACACUACUGACCCGUAAGUUCUGGUCAAGUUCUACCUUCGCCCCAGCCGCCAUUCAUUCCCACUAA